AUGACCCUCCGCCGGCUCAGGAAGCUGCAGCAGAAAGAGGAGGCGGCGGCAGCCCCGGACCCCGGCGCCCGGGCCCCCGCCGCGACGCCGGCCUCGGGUCCCCCUGCUGCCGCCGCCAGCCCUGGGCCGCCCGCGGAAGAGCUGUACGCGGCGCUGGAGGACUACCACCCCGCCGAGCUGUACCGCGCGCUCGCCGUGUCCGGGGGUACCCUGCCCCGCCGUAAGAGUUCAGGAUUCCGCUGGAAGACUCUCACCCAGAGUCCCGAACAACAUCGGAAAGUGCUGACUUUGGAAAAGGAGGAUAACCAGACCUUCGGCUUCGAGAUCCAGACCUACGGACUUCAUCAUCGGGAGGAGCAGCGCGUGGAGAUGGUGACGUUUGUCUGCCGAGUGCAUGAGGCCAGCCCUGCCCAGCUGGCUGGGCUCACACCAGGAGACACCAUCGCCAGCGUCAAUGGGCUGAACGUGGAAGGUGUCCGGCACCGAGAGAUUGUUGACAUCAUCAAGGCAUCUGGCAAUGUCCUCAGACUGGAGACACUAUACGGGACAUCCAUUCGGAAGGCAGAGCUGGAGGCUCGGUUGCAGUACCUGAAGCAAACCCUGUAUGAGAAGUGGGGGGAAUACAGGUCCCUAAUGGUGCAGGAGCAGCGGCUGGUGCACGGCCUCGUGGUGAAAGACCCGAGCAUCUACGACACGCUGGAGUCGGUGCGUUCCUGCCUCUACGGGGCCGGCCUGCUCCCGGGUUCGCUGCCCUUCGGGCCUCUGCUGGCUGCCCCCGGGGGUCCCCGCGGGGGCGCCCGGCGGGCCGGGGGCGACGCCGCCGACGACACGGUCUACCACACGUGCUUCUUCGGGGGUGCAGAGCCGCCCGCGCCACCCCCGCCGCUGCCUCCUGCCCGCUCGCUCGGCCCCAGCCCCACCGAAGCCCCAGCCUCAGGGCCGGGCCCGGCGCCGCGGGCCGCGCUCAGCCGCAGCGCCAGCGUGCGGUGCGCGGGCCCGGGAGGCGGCGGGGGCGCGCCCGGCGCGCUCUGGACUGAGGUCCGGGAGCAGGCCCUGUGCGGCCCCGGCCUGCGCAAGACCAAGUACCGCAGCUUUCGUAGGCGGCUGCUCAAGUUCAUCCCCGGACUCAACCGCUCCCUGGAGGAGGAAGAGAGCCAGUUGUAG